AUGGAUUCCAGGGGAAAGGAUGUUGAUGUUGGAGGGGAGAAUGAGGAUUGUCUGAUUGACCAAUUUACUCGCCUGAAACAUUCUACAUUUGCGGGCAGUGUUGACCCACUCGUAGCAGAGAUCUGGGUGCAAGAAAUGGAGAAAAUGUUGGCAGUGUUAUCUUGCACUGAGGCACAGAAGGUUCUCUACGCUACCUUUAAGCUAACAUGGGAGGCUGAGCGCUGGUGGCAAGUAGUGAAGCUGUUGGAGGAACAGCGGGUAGUACCCACGGAUAUGACUUGGAGUCGAUUUAAGGAGCUUUUCUACGAUCGGUACUUCCCUGCCACCACCAGGGCCACAAAAGCAGAGGAAUUCUUCCACCUGACUCAGUGGCAACUUACUGUGCAGCAGUACGCUGCGAAGUUCAUGGAGCUCUCCCGUUUUGCACCUUUUAUGGUUCUAGAUGAGUUUCAGAAGGCAAGGUGGUUUGAGAGGGGAUUAAGACCAAGAAUUCACAAACAAGUGGCAGUCCUGAAGGUACAACGCUUUUCAGAGUUGGUGGAUAGAGCCACCGUGGCACAAUUGAGUCUGCAAAGGAGUGCAGAGAUGGCAGAGCAGAGGAAGAGGCCUAUGCCUCCCAAUUUUUUCGAUGAUGCCAGACAGGGAUCAUGGAAGAGGGACAGAUAUGUUGGGGGAUAG